UUAGGCCCAGCUCUGUUUAUUUAGGCCUGCCUUGAUUUAUUUUCCCUCCCCGCUCCGGGUGGGAAGGAGCCAGAGCUGCCACCCCCAGGAUGCUCCUUCCCACGGAGAGGCCCCAGCAGCUCCUUGAAAUCCGGACUUCCAAGGAUGAUGUCGCAUCCCGGCGUCCUUCUGGGAUCCUCUCACAUCCCCAGGCCCUCAUUGGAUUGUCCUGCUUCCCGUUUUUCCGCUCCCGGUUUAUUCUGAGGGAUCUCCCUGGCAGGGCGGCUCAUCCCCACUCGCUUUCCCCUCAUCCCCUGGGAUGCAUUUUGUUCCUGGGAUGUUCCUUUCUCAUGGAAAACGAUGCAAAAUGACCUUUCAAACCCAAUCCAAGGGUUGUUUUGGAGUCCUGGGAGCUGGAAAAAGAACCAACCAGCCUUGGGAUAAAUCGGGCUUUGGGAUGGGAGCUUAUGUCAACUGGCAAAAUGGGAAGUGACCUUUUCCCGCCCGGCCGGAUAAAUUUGGGAUGGAGCUGCAGCACAUCCGCCUCCCACUGCCCUCAUCCCACGGGGAAGCCACCGGAUUGCUGGAAGGACGGAUCAAACCAGAGAAAGUCAGGGAAGGGCCUGGGCGGAGCAUCCGGAGCCCCCUCGCCAUGGCCUCGUCUGAGCUGCCCCCCCAGCCUGCAGUAGGAGCCGCGGUGCCUCCGGAGCCGGCGGGCGCGGUGCCCGCAGGGGGGGAGGACGUGGGUGAAGCCUUUGCCUUCGAGGACAGUGAGGAGGAGGAGGAGGAGGAGGAGGAUCCCACGGCCCAUCCCGGCGGGGCCGUUGUUCUCCGGGCCCCCCCGCGCCGGCGGCGUGGGACCAGCUCCGAGGGGGAGGGGCUGGUGCCGGAGACCCCAGAAGGGGCCCCGGUGAGGAUGAGCAAUGGGGAGGCCGGGGGAGACCCCCCCGUCCGCACCCAGACCUGGAAGCGGGAGAGCAUCUGCCGAGGUGAGCGGUUUUCCUUCCCGGAGGUGGAGGACGACGUGAUCUACGACGACGUUCCCUGCGAAAGCCUGGAUGCCGAGCAGGAUGGAGCAGAGAGGGAGCGGAGCCUGAUCUACGAGGAGGUGCAGCGGGGAGAGGGCUCCCGGAUCAGCGAGGAUUUGGGCUGGAGCUCCAGUGAGUUCGAGAGUUACAGCGAGGAUUCGGGGGAGGAAACCAAAGCUGAGCCCACCAAGCACAGAGCGUCCUUCCAGCCCAAGCUUUCUCCAGACCUGAAUAGACUAAAGGAGAGAUACGCCAGGACUAAGAGGGACAUCCUGGCUUUAAGAGUUGGGGGGAAGGACAUGCAGGAGCUGAAGCAGAAGUACGAUUGGAAGAUGACCCAGCUGAUGAAAGCAGCCAAAAGCGGCACCAAGGACGGUUUGGAGAAGACCAAGAUCGCGGUGAUGAGGAAGGUGACGUUCCUGCACCGGAAAGAAACCCCAGGGGACUCGGAGGAGGAGGACACGGGGUUCCUGGAGGUCACGGUCUCGGACAUGAAGCACCCGCCACCAGAGCUGGGCCCCAUGCCCGAGGGGCUGAGCCCGCAGCAGGUGGUGCGGCGGCACAUCCUGGGCUCCAUCGUGCAGAGCGAGCGGAGCUACGUGGACUCCCUGAAGCGGAUCCUGCAGGAUUACAGGAACCCGCUGCUGGAGAUGGAGCCGAAGGUGCUGAGCGCCAGGAAGUGCCAGGUGGUGUUUUUCCGGCUGAAGGAGAUCCUGCAGUGCCACUCCAUGUUCCAGAUCGCCCUCGCCUCCCGCGUGGCCGAGUGGGACUCGGCCGAGAAGAUUGGGGACCUCUUCGUGGCCUCGUUCUCCAAGUCCAUGGUGCUGGACGUCUACAGCGACUACGUCAACAACUUCACCUCGGCCAUGUCCCUCAUCAAGAAGGCCUGUCUCACCAAACCCGCCUUCCUCGACUUCCUCAAGAAGAGGCAGAUGGCCAGUGCUGACCGGGUCACGCUCUACGGGCUGAUGGUGAAGCCCAUCCAGAGGUUCCCUCAGUUCAUCCUUCUCCUGCAGGACAUGCUGAAGAACACCCCCAAGGGCCACGCAGACCGUCUGUCCCUCCAGCUGGCCCUCACUGAGCUGGAGACGUUGGCGGAGAAGCUCAACGAGCAGAAGCGCUUGGCCGACCAAGUGGCUGAGAUCCAACAGCUCAGCAAGAGCAUCAGCGACAGGAGCAGCCUCAACAAGCUGCUGAGCUCGGGGCAGAGGCAGCUCCUGCUCUGUGAGACACUGACGGAGACGGUGUACGGGGACCGAGGGCAGCUCAUCAAGUCCAAGGAGAGGAAGGUUUUCCUGCUCAACGACAUGUUGGUCUGUGCCAACAUCAACUUCAAGCCGGUGGAUGCAGGAGGCCAACUGGAAAUCAGCAGCCUGGUGCCCCUGGGGCCCAAAUACGUGCUGAAGUGGAGCACGGCCCUCCCGCAGGUGCAGGUGGUGGAGGUGGGGCAGGAGGGCGGCGCCUACGACAAGGACAACGUGGUCAUCCACAACGCCGGCGCCCGCAGACACGCGCCCGCCGGGCAGGCCUCGCACAACAAAGUCUACCUGGGGCCACCACGGCUCUUCCAGGAGCUGCAGGACCUGCAGAAGGACCUGGCAGUGGUGGAGCAGAUCACCCUCCUCAUCAGCACCUUGCACGGCACCUACCAGAACCUGAACAUGACGGUGGCCCAGGACUGGUGCCUGGCACUGCAGAGGAUGGUGAGGGUGAAGGAGGAGGAGAUCCACUCUGCCAACAAGUGCCGCCUGCGGCUGCUGCUGCCCGGGAAGCCGGACAAGUCCGGCCGCCCCAUCAGCGUCAUGGUUGUGUUCAUCACCCCCAGCCCCCUGAGCAAGAUCUCCUGGGUGAACCGCCUGCACCUGGCCAAGAUAGGCCUCAGGGAAGAGAACCAGCCGGGCUGGCUCUGUCCCGACGAAGACAAGAAGAGCAAAGCCCCGUUCUGGUGCCCCAUCCUCUCCUGCCACAUGCCAGCCUUCUCCUCCAAAGCCCUUGAUCUGCAGCUCGGAGCCGCAGUUCACAACCCCGUGCAGUCCUCCCUGCUGGGCUUCUCCGCCGUCAGCACAUCGCUGCCGCAGGGCUACCUCUGGGUGGGGGGUGGCCAGGAGGGCGCGGGGGGGCAGGUGGAGAUCUUCUCCCUGAACCGCGCCGUGCCGCGCACUGUCAAGUCCUUCCCGGUGGCCUCCCCGGUGCUGUGCAUGGAAUACAUCCCGGAGCCCGAGGAGGGGGAUGCCCCGGGCUGCCAGGAACCCCGAGCCGGCGAGCAGCCCCCCCCGGCCCCUCAUCCCACCGUGUGCCUGGGGCUGCAGGACGGCAGCAUCCUGGUCUAUGGGAGCGUGGACACGGGGACGCCGUGCCUGCUGAGCUGCAGGAGCCCAGGAAUGCAGCCCAUCCUGUGCCUGAGGCACAGCCCCGAGUUCCUGUUCGCGGGACUGCAGGACGGCUCCGUGGCCGCCUACCCCCGGAGCAACGGGGGGCUCUGGGACCCGGCAGUGCAGCCCACCCGCCUGCCCGUGGGCACCGGCCCCGUCCGUGCCCUGCUGACCCUGGAGGAGACCCUGUGGGCCAGCUGUGCCAACCAGGUCACUGUCCUUGAUGCCACCACCCUCCGGGCCCAGCAAACCUUCGAGGCCCACCCCGAGGCCGAGGCCAGCGUGACCCACAUGGUGAAGGCGGGCAGUGGGGUCUGGAUGGCCUUUGCCUCGGGCUCCUCCAUCCGCCUCUUCCACACCGAGACCCUGGAGCACCUGCAGGAGAUCAACGUCGCCACCAGGACCACCUUCGUGCUCCCAGGUCACAAGCACGUGCGUGUCACCAGCCUGCUCAUCUGCCAGGGCUCGCUCUGGGUGGGCACCGACCAGGGCAUCAUCGUGCUGCUGCCCGUGCCUCGCCUGGAGGGGAUCCCCAAGAUCACCGGGAAGGGCAUGGUGUCCCUCAACGGCCACAGCGGCCCCGUGGAGUUCCUGGCGGUGGCUCUGAGCACGUUGGCCCCCGACGUCCUCCGGGGCGACCGGGACGAGGAGGAGGAGGGGGGCGAGGAGGAGAAAGGCCCGGAGCUGGAGGGGCCUCCCCCGCGGGAGCUGAGGAAGAAAGGGAUCCUGCUGCAGUACCGGCUGCGCUCCACGGCCCACCUGCCCGGGCAGCUGCUCUCCGUGCGGGAAUCCCCGCCGGGAACGCCGGCACACGCCGAGGAGGACGGGUCCAUCUACGAGCUGGCCGACGACCCCGACGUGUGGGUGAGGAGCCGGCCCUGCGCCCGCGACACCCCCCGCAAGGAGAUCUCCUCCGUGGCCAUCGUGUCCGGGGGCCGCGGGUACCGCAACUUCCGCGGGGACGGCCCGCACAGGGACAGGGCGGGCAACGGCGACAGCUCCCUGCUCAUCUGGCAGCUCCCGCUGUCGCAUUCCCGGGAUCCCAGCCCUCCCUGCUCACCUGGCAGAUCCCACUGAUGCUAUGGCAUUCCCGGGAUUCCUCACUCGCCCACUGAUGUUGCAGCAUUCCCGGGACCCUCCCACACUCUGCUCAUCUGGCAGAUCCCGGGAUUCCCCCCCAUCCUGCUCACCUGGCAGAUCCCGGGAUUUCCUGCCAUCCUGCUCAUCUGGCAGAUCCCACUGAUGCUGCUGCAUUCUUGGAAUUGCCCCCCAACUGUGCUCAUCUGGCAGAUCCUGGGAUUCCCCCCAUCCUGCUCAUCUGGCAGAUCCCAUUGAUGCUGCAGCAUUCCUGGGAUUCUCUCCCCACCCUGCUCCCAUGGCAGAUCCCACCAAUGCUGUGGCAUUCCCGGGAUUCCCCCCAACCCUGCUCAUCUGGCAGAUCCCGUGGAUGCUGCAGCCUUCCCAGGAUUCUCUCCCCACCUUGCUCAUCUGGCAGAUCCCGGGAUUCCCCCCCCGCGCUGCUCCUCUGGCAGCUCCGGUUGCUGCUGCAGCAUUCCCGGGAUUCCCCACCAACCCGGCACCUACCUCAAGCCACCCAACAGCUGCCGGGGGUGGCCCUGCCCCGGGUGCAUCACCCGUUAUUUUUAUAAGGAGGAAAAAACUGAAAAAAAAUGGGGAGUUUCUUCCCUGAAAACCAGCUGUUUGCAUGGAAAGUGGGCAUUCCGGGCAGCGGGAGCGGCGCCCUCCCUGCGGGCUGUGGGGGGGCUGCUCCCGGCCCGAGGUGUCCGUGUGUCUGUGUGUGAGUACCCCCCUCUAUACAUUUAUAUAUAUAUAAAUAUGUUGUAUAUUAUGACCUGUACAAAGAAGGAAUCUGUAUAUAUUGGGACACUGGGAGCGCCAGGAAUGGGGGUGGUAGCUCCCAGCGGGUUUUGCCUGGAAUAACCACUUCUUCUGGACUGUGACUUGAGGCUCUUUGGUACGAAACCCCCCGGUUUUGGGAGCUGAGGACACUUGGCUUCCAAGGAAAGGAAAUGGGGGGAGUGUGGAAAUAAAUCCCGUAGGAAUCGG